AUGGCACCCAACCCAUACCUGCUCGCGGCCGACAACCCGCAGGCGCUACUCUCUCUGCUUCGUGAAGACCCCUCCAUAGCCACGAGGCAAGACGAACAUGGCUAUUCCCUUGUGCACGCGGCCGCCAGUUACAACCACCUCGACCUCCUGCGGUCCCUGGUCCGCGAGUUCAAGGUUCCAAUCGAUCUCAAAGACGAAGACGGCGAGACGGCGCUCUUUGUCGUCGAGACAGUUGAGGCAGCACGUGUCCUUGUCGAGGAGUUGGGGUUGGAUGCCGGAAUCCGCAACGCUGAGGGACAAACAGCAAGAGAGAAGAUCGAGGGCGACGAGGAGUGGCCCGCGGUAGCUGAGUAUCUAAAAACCCUGGAGGCUGGAUCCUCAGGCACCAAUGGCACGGAAAACGACGAUUUGUCGGCGACCACUGGACUUCCCCCGCCGCCUGAAGGCCUGAGAGUUACCAUGGGUACAAUGGAUGAGGCCGAGGUUGGAGAGCAGUUACCCGAUCCUGAAUUUCGCAGGAGGAUAGAAGAGCUUGCUGCAAGGGAGGACUUCAAUACGCCCGAAGGCCAGGCCGAGUUGCGACGGCUGGUUGAGGAGGCGAUCAGCGGGCAGGGACUAAGUGAAGAGAGAAACGUCCGGUCUAGGCAGGACUGA